UCUCAUCGGUAUCAUUCCAUCAGUGGCAGCUUUCGUUUUACCAUCACCAUCAUCAUCACUAUCAUCAUCAUUAAUCAGGUGAACAGAAACAUGGAUUUGCAACAAAUCAACGCUGUAACCGAUCAGAACAGAAAACCCAUAUCCAAGCUGACCAGUCUACAGGAAGGAGAAGGUCAUUUGAUACUCGGGAUGAGGAUAGUGAAUGGCACAUUCGGUAAAAGUGUCUUGGUGGAGUUGGAAAAAACUGUAGUGUUUCUGCCGAAUCGAGCGACCCAUGUACUGGAGGCCAACAUCGAGAAGUUUGAACCGGAAAAAUACUUGCUUGUAUUCACAGGUCAACAACUCAUUGGUGGUUACUCCAAACCAUUUGCCACAUUUCAAAUUGUUACGAAAUAA